CGAUCUCGGGCGCGCCGCCAUUUUGGAUUGUGUGGGUUUCCGGGACGUUGGAGUGUGGUCGCGCUCCUGGCGGUUCUGCAGAUACCAGGCUCGGGGCCCGCGACAGAGCGUCAGGUUGGAGCCGGGAAGCGUCCCUGCAGGGAGCGGCGGCGGGGGCAGGAUGAGCGCGGAGGCGGCGGACCGGGAGGCGGCCACCUCCAGCCGGCCCUGCACCCCGCCGCAGACCUGCUGGUUCGAGUUCCUGCUGGAGGAGUCGCUGUUGGAGAAACAUCUGCGCAAGCCCUGCCCGGAUCCUGCACCAGUUCAACUUAUUGUUCAGUUUUUGGAACAAGCUUCCAAACCUUCAGUUAAUGAACAAAACCAAGUUCAGCCUCCACCUGAUAACAAGAGAAAUCGUAUUUUAAAACUACUUGCUCUUAAAGUUGCUGCACAUCUGAAGUGGGACUUAGACAUAUUAGAGAAAAGUUUGUCCGUUCCAGUAUUGAAUAUGCUACUAAAUGAACUGCUGUGCAUCAGUAAAGUUCCUCCUGGGACAAAGCAUGUGGACAUGGAUCUGGCUACUUUACCUCCAACCACUGCCAUGGCUAUACUUCUCUACAAUAGAUGGGCAGUUCGGACAAUUGUUCAAAGUAGUUUUCCUAUCAAACAGGCAAAACCUGGACCUCCUCAGUUAAGUGUUAUGAAUCAGAUGCAACAGGAGAAAGAACUAACAGAAAAUAUAUUGAAAUUGCUAAAAGAACAAGCUUCUGAUUCUAUUUUGGUACUGGAGGCAGCUCUUAAAUUAAACAAGGAUCUUUAUGUCCACACAAUGAGAACGCUAGAUUUAUUGGCCAUGGAGCCAGGCAUGGUAAAUGGAGAAACUGAGAGUUCUACUGCUGGAUUGAAAAUAAAAACUGAGGAGAUGCAGUGCCAGGUGUGUUAUGAUUUGGGUGCAGCAUACUUCCAGCAAGGCUCUACCGAUUCAGCUGUAUAUGAAAAUGCAAGGGAAAAAUUUUUUAGAACUAAGGAACUAAUUGCAGAGAUAGGUUCAUUAUCUCUUCAUUGUACCAUAGAUGAGAAGCGGUUAGCUGGCUAUUGUCAAGCAUGUGAUGUUCUUGUACCGUCUUCUGACAGUACAGCUCAACAAUUGACUCCAUAUAGUCAAGUCCAUAUUUGUCUGAGAUCUGGCAACUAUCAGGAGGUAAUAAAGAUUUUCAUUGAAGAUAACUUAACCUUCAGUUUGCCUGUCCAGUUCCGGCAGUCAGUACUGAGAGAACUCUUUCAGAAAGCUCAGCAAGAAAAUGAAGCUCUAGAUGAAAUCUGUUUUAAAGUCUGUGCCUGUAAUACAGUCCGUGAUAUAUUGGAAGGUAGAACAAUUAGUGUUCAAUUUAACCAGCUAUUUCUUAGACCUAAUAAAGAGAAAAUAGACUUUCUUCUUGAGGUAUGUUCAAGAUCAAUAAAUUUAGAAAAAGCUUCAGAUUCUUUGAAAGGAAACAUGGCUGCUUUUCUAAAGAAUGUGUGUCUGGGGUUGGAAGAUCUGCAGUAUGUUUUCAUGAUUUCUUCACAUGAGCUUUUCAUUACAUUGUUGAAAGAUGAAGAACGAAAGCUACUUGUUGAUCAGAUGAGGAAGAGAUCCCCUAGAGUAAAUCUGUGCAUUAAACCUGUAACUUCAUUUUAUGAUAUCCCAGCCUCAGCAAGUGUCAACAUUGGCCAGUUGGAACAUCAGCUGAUAUUGUCAGUGGAUCCCUGGAGGAUUCGACAGAUUUUAAUUGAAUUACAUGGUAUGACUUCAGAGCGCCAAUUCUGGACAAUAUCUAAUAAGUGGGAAGUACCUUCUGUCUAUAGUGGUGUUAUCCUGGGAAUUAAAGACAAUUUAACAAGAGAUUUGGUUUACAUUCUCAUGGCCAAAGGUUUACACUGCAGUACUGUUAAGGACUUUUCCCAUGCUAAACAGCUAUUCGCUGCUUGUUUGGAGUUGGUAACAGAAUUCUCACCAAAACUUCGUCAGGUCAUGCUGAACGAAAUGCUACUUUUGGAUAUUCAUACACAUGAGGCUGGAACAGGACAGUCAGGAGAGAGACCUCCUUCGGAUCUUAUUAGCAGGGUACGGGGCUAUCUGGAAAUGAGGCUGCCCGAUAUUCCUCUUCGUCAGGUUAUUGCUGAGGAGUGUGUUGCUUUUAUGUUAAAUUGGAGGGAAAAUGAAUACCUUACACUGCAGGUUCCUGCAUUUCUGCUUCAGAGUAAUCCAUAUGUAAAGCUUGGACAGCUUUUAGCAGCUACAUGCAGAGAACUUCCAGGCCCUAAAGAAAGUAGACGGACUGCUAAAGACCUUUGGGAAGUUGUUGUUCAGAUCUGUAGUGUGUCCAGUCAACACAAACGAGGAAAUGAUGGCAGAGUUAGUUUAAUAAAGCAGAGGGAAUCUACGUUAGGGAUAAUGUAUCGGAGUGAACUGCUUUCUUUCAUCAAAAAAUUACGGGAACCAUUGGUUUUGACUCUUAUUUUAUCACUCUUUGUGAAACUUCACAAUGUUCGGGAAGACAUCGUGAAUGAUAUUACAGCAGAACACAUUUCUAUUUGGCCAUCUUCCAUCCCCAACCUCCAGUCAGUGGACUUUGAAGCUGUGGCAAUCACAGUGAAAGAGCUAGUUCGAUAUGCCCUUAGUAUAAAUCCAAACAACCAUUCCUGGUUAAUUAUUCAGGCAGACAUUUAUUUUGCAACAAAUCAGUAUUCAGCAGCUCUUCACUAUUACCUCCAGGCAGGAGCUGUGUGUUCUGAUUUCUUUAAUAAGGCUGUGCCCCCUGAUGUUUAUACAGACCAGGUAAUAAAACGAAUGAUUAAGUGCUGUUCUUUGCUGAAUUGCCACACACAGGUGGCAAUUUUAUGUCAGUUCCUCAGAGAAAUUGACUACAAAACAGCCUUUAAAUCACUGCAGGAACAAAACAGUCAUGAUGCUAUGGACUCCUACUAUGACUACAUAUGGGAUGUUACCAUUUUGGAAUACUUGACUUAUCUUCAUCAUAAAAGAGGAGAAACAGAUAAAAGACAAAUUGCAAUUAAAGCCAUCGGCCAGACAGAAUUGAAUGCAAGCAACCCAGAAGAAGUGUUACAACUGGCAGCACAGAGAAGGAAAAAAAAGUUUCUCCAAGCAAUGGCAAAACUUUACUUUUAAGCAGUUAGUUAAAAUUUUUCAACUUUUAUUUUUAAACAAUGGGCUAAAACAGUAUUAAAAGAUUAAGUUUAUAUAAUA